CACAAUGGAGCUCUCGGAGUAUGUGCAGAAAGGCUUCCAGAUGCUGGCGGAUCCCGGCUCCUUCGACUCCAACGCCUUCACGCUUCUCCUCCGGGCGGCGUUCCAGAGCCUGCUGGACGCCCAGGCGGACGAGGCCGUGUUAGAUCACCCAGAUUUGAAACAUAUUGACCCAGUGGUUCUAAAACAUUGUCAUGCAGCAGCUGCAACUUACAUACUGGAGGCGGGAAAGCACCGAGUUGACAAAUCAACUCUGAGCUCUUACCUAGAAGACUGUAAAUUUGACAGAGAGCGAAUAGACCUGUUUUGCACGGAAUAUCAGAAUAAUAAGAAUUCCCUAGAAAUCCUACUGGGAAGCAUAAGUAGAUCUCUCCCUCAUAUAACUGAUGUUUCUUGGCGCUUGGAAUAUCAGAUAAAGACCAAUCAACUUCAUAAGAUGUACAGACCUGCAUAUUUGGUGACUUUAAAUGUAGAGCCUUUCUCUUUCUUCUCUAGAACACUGAUUCCGGGUCCUACCCAGAGAUUAGUUUUAGUUGCAACAUGGAACAGUUACAGGAUUUGGUGGGGAAACUUAAAGAUGCUUCGAAAAGCCUGGAACGAGCAACUCAGUUAUAACUUGGGAAGUGAACGAUCCGCCCAAGUGCAGAGGAAAACCAGGAACGUCACCGCGGGCUGUGGGAGCUGGCCGUGCUCGCUCGCGCUCGGCGGAGAACGCUUCCCUUCGAAUCUGUCACUCAUCGGUUCUGACAGUUUUUUUUAUAUGUGUGAAAGGGUUAUGAGGGAAAUUCUGCCCACGUAUUUGAAUCAUCUUCAGGAUGAACUGUACCUUUAUCCUCUUUAGAUCUUUUUGAAGUCCUAUGAAAGGAAGCAGACAGCAUCACAUCCUGAAUAAACAAGGUGUUGUUCCCACAAAAUGGU